UCUGCCUUCUGCUGCUUCACAACACAGGCACGAUGGUAUACACGAUGAUAUACACACAGACCGGAGGACUAACUGUGGCCAUCAUGACAACCCUGCUGGUCACCGCUAGAAAAACAGAUAACGGUGCCCGUAAGGUAAAGUCUGUCAUCAGAUAAAGUGUAGUUUCGCCAACGGCUCAUAGUGCUAGCUCAAUGAAGUUUGACAGGCUAACGGCAGGUUAAGCUAUCUUCAAUUAGCUGCUAGCUACAAGUGCUAACGUUAGGUCAAGCUUGUGAGAGCUGCUAGCCUUUUGAAGUUCCUCAUUGAAUUAAGGUAAGGUUACUUCUUUAGCCUGAGCUGGCAACCGGUAACUAGCUAGAAAAGGCUGUGAGCAUAUCUCAACGGUUUCCUCUUGUUUAUGAAACGAUCUGACAGAAGCAAAUGACAUUUACUGUUUAAUGAGCCAUUGAAGCUAGCAAUGCGUUCUACGUUAUUUCAGAAUACCGUUAGCUUGCCGGAUUAUAAUUGCUCUCUGUGGUGCCACUGUGCCCUGUCCAGCAGCGUCACUCCACGUAGCAUUCCGCAUAAUGAGUGAGCGUUAUGUAAAAGUCAAGGUUCAAAUCGAGCAAAUGAAAUCAUUUGGUGAGGAUGCAGAGAAGGAGGGUGUGGAUGUUGAGGAUGAGCAGGUGCCAGUGUCUUCGUCUCCCCCUGCCUCUGUGUCCCCAGACCCGCCCAACAUCACCAUAGCUGGCAGAGAUGCGGCCAACACUUGUAAACACAGGGGUAAAAGUCGAAUCAAGAUGGGGAGAGAUGACAAAAACAAACACACCUCAGAUGUGUCGUUGCAUGGGUCGGGGGUCUCCGCGCAUGUUGGGAGAAACUUGAAUAAACAAGGGCACGAACGGACACUUCACAUCAGAGGAACUGGGAAAAUACUGCAGGGCAAGAAUAAUGAGAAUAAUGGGGUAACCAUCCAUCCUUCCAAAAACAACCAAGACGCACGCCGUGAGGACGGAUUCAAGCUGGCCAGGAAGAGAAGACCAGUGACGGUGGAUACAUCGAAAGCCAAAACCUCGUUGGAGGCACUGAAGUUAAGCAUCAAGCAGCUGAAAUGGAAAGAGUUUCCUCUGGGGAGACGAGCCGCCUGUGAUAUCUACUGGCACGGCGUGUCCUUCCAUGACAAUGAGAACGUUGUGUCGGGGCAGGUGAACAAGUUCCCAGGAAUGAUUGAAAUGCUGAGGAAGAUCAACCUGAGUCGUGCCGUGCGGACUAUGCAGGAGCUGUUCCCAGAAGAGUACGAUUUCUAUCCCCGGUCCUGGAUCCUGCCUGAGGAGUGUCAGCAGUUUUCCACACAGAUUCGCAUGGUGAAGGAGAACGAUGCCACAGUGAAUCCCACCUUCAUUGUAAAGCCAGAUGGGGGCUCUCAGGGGGACGGCAUCUACCUCAUUCGUGACCCUAGUGACCUGAAGCUCAUGGUGGGUUCACAGGCCAAACAGGCUGUCGUCCAGGAGUACAUCCAGCGGCCGUUACUCAUUGACAAGCUCAAGUUUGACAUCCGACUCUACGUGCUGUUAAAGUCCCUGGAGCCAUUGGAGAUCUACAUUGCCAAGGAAGGCCUGACACGAUUUUGCACCGAGCCCUACCAGGAACCAUGCCAGAAGAAUCUGAGCCACGUCUUCAUGCACCUGACGAACUACUCCCUCAACGUCCACAGCGGCAACUUUGUCCACUCAGACAGCCAGAGCACGGGCAGCAAGCGCACUCUGUCCAGCGUGCUGUACAGGCUGGCAGCUAAAGGCGUCGACAUCAAGAAGGUGUGGUCGGACAUCAUCGCUCUUGUCAUCAAGACCGCCAUCGCCGUGGUGCCUGAACUCAGAGUCUACUAUCAGGCCGAUAUACCGCCGGGCAAACCGGGACCCACUUGCUUCCAGAUAUUAGGGUUUGACAUCCUGCUGAUGAAGAACCUGAAGCCAGUGUUACUCGAGGUCAACUCUAACCCCAGUAUGAGAAUAGAACAUGAACAGGAGGUGGCACCAGGAGUGUUUGAAUAUGUUCCCAGUCCGGUCGACGAAGAGGUCAAAGUGGGAGUGAUCAGGGACACGCUGCGCCUUAUGGACCCUGGCUCCAAGAAAGCUUCAAUUUCCCAGCUGAGGGCCGGUGGGCUGGAACACGGGGAGGAGAUUCCCAUGGAGGCGGAGACACAAGAGCGCAGCCCGGACGAAGGAGCUCUGCCCUCGCUGUGUCUGAAGCAGGUCUACCCCAAAUACACCAAACAGUUCAACUACCUGCGGCUGGUGGAGCGCAUCGCAGCCAUGUUCAUACGCUUCCUCGGGGUCAAAGGCAACAUGCGUCUGGGCCCCACUGCCUUCAGAACCUUCAUCAGAACCUGCAAGCUGAGCAACAGUAACUUCUCCAUGGCUUCGGUCGACAUCCUCUACAUCGACAUCACACGUCGCUGGUCAGGAACGAUGCCCGAUUCUAGAGAAGCAGGUAUGGGACUGCAAGCAUUUGUGGAAGCCUUUUUCUACCUGGCAGGUCGCAGGUUCAAAUCCCUGGCGCUGAGGGAGCAGGUCGUGUCACUGCUGGAGCUGUGCGAGGCUCAGCUGGAGUCCCCGUCCGGUGUGGAAGAGAGACGCUCUGUGAGCUGCAGCAGGGCGAUGCCACGAGCCAUCAAGAGUCAGACGCUGGGCCUCACCAACCCUCAGCUCAACUCUCCGGCUCCCCUGCGAAGGGCGGCCAGCCAAGACUACCGGCUGCAUCAGAGACUCAAACCUCGCACACUCAGGGCCAACGUGGAGAACUGACGAGAGAAGGCUCCAACCAGGCGUCCGACUCCCAAACACUGCCUUCAGCCUUCUCCACAGGAGCGGGAACAUUAGCUUGUCCUUCUCUCCUCUCAGCUCCCAUCAUGCCCUCCUUGUGGGAGCUGCAGAGAAGGACUCGCUUGACCCCUGCUGGCCGACAUGCAGGAGGACCGUUCUCUGCCUGAUUGCUUUUUCUUCUUCAGAGGAAGAUGUCCGCAGGGGGCAGAGUUGGAGAGGAAAUAGAACAGGGGACACAAGAAGGUUGUUGCAUUUCUUCCUCCUCUCCUGAUCAUAUAUGAACAGCGUGGUCCAGUCAGGAGGAGCGUAUGGCUGCUUUUAAUAAACUUACUGAUUCUACAGGGCAGCUUCCCUCCGCCUGUCUCUGCAACACCUACACUGAAACAAACUUUCUUUUCAGGGAUAACAUUCGACGCUCCUGACACAUGAGGAUGCACGAUACACAUUUAUUUCAGCCCGUACAGAUAAAGAUAGUUACCUGCUUCUCACGGCCGUUACGAAAAGAAGUUUAUAACGCACACAUGAGGGUAGACAGGUUUUAAUUAUUAUUAUUGUUCUAGUAAAAUAACUUCACAAACAUGCUUUGAGCAUUUUGUCUAAGAAUUCAAAUGAAAUGCGUCGACAUCAAACACGUCCACCUUUUAAAUACUCGAAACGAAGAUAAUUGCUUUUGCAAGGAUUGCGAGAGGAAGGGAACGUCUACGAGUUUCAAGAGAACUAAUCUCAUGAGUCACUUAAGAAGUCGUCGCCACAACGAAGACGUGUUGAAGGAAUAGAAGCCGCGGCGUCUUCCUCUGGUUCUUGUUCUUCUUUAGUUUGUUGGAGGAUCACAAAGCAGCUUUAAAGGUGCACGUCACCACCUACUCUAUCGGAGCAUGUAGAGGCUGCGCUUAACUCGAUGAAAGCAAGUUGUCCUAAUAUUUAAGCUCUAUUUAUCAGCUUCAAUUUCAUUAUCGAACAUAAUAUAUAAUAAUGUACAUUUCCCGUUAUCGUGCAUCCUUAGUCACAUAAGUACACGUGUGUGAGGGAGUGUCCCGAUAUUCUUGAAUUUGCACAACAACUCUUUGAAAUGUUUUAGAUUUGCACAGAGAUGUAUGCGAGGGCGACUGAGCAUGUGUGCGAGCACAGUGUGUUUGUCCGAGUGCGUGUGCGUGUGCACUGUACUGUAUUUAUUUGUGUUUAGCUCAAUAGUGAGAGCCUAUUUGCAGCCAGUGGCUCAGCUGUGCGUCGUAUCUCCGUGAGCCCAUUAGCGAUGAGUUAAGUGAAUAAGUAUUGAAAAGGAAAAUGCCAUGCCACCACUUAUCCUCUUUCAGUUCUGCAGCUAUUCCAGUCAGGCGGCCCUCAGACCUCCCAGCGAACAUGUGUUUAGGACGAUUACUCUGCAGCCACACAACUGCCACAAGGGAAAUCAUUAUUCCAGUGCACGGCAGAAAAUCUCACGAUUAAGUCCGACGCGUUGUUUCUUACGUCGUCGAGAAAGCUUCACCCAACGCGUGAAGGCGGCUCCACGCGCGGGAAAGGUCGUCGCUGGUAUCUUAAACUACUUACACUACAGUUAAUUAAUUGUAUGUUCGGUUCUUUUACACCAACGUUAUUCAAUACAUUUGUCACAUGCAUCGACAAUGAAGUGUGAAGUGUUGCACAAAAGAACAAUCGGACGCAGCUGUGGUAGCUGUUUCACACGGACGGUGGACUAAACAUGUUAAAUAUUAAAGACGUACUGUAGGACUGACGUGCUCUGCAGGAUGUUUGUUACCAUGAAGUAGCUCCAUGAGGUUAAUCACAGUGACCGAUCAUAUGAAUGAAAUGUAUUGAUGAAAUAAACGUCAUUUUGCUCUUUGAACUGAAGGUGUGUGUUGAUGGGAUAAAAAGAUAUCACCUUUAAA